AUGGAAAUAAAGAAUGACGAUAUAACAAAAUUUCCAUUGACUACAACAAUUGGUACAGAAACAUCAAUGAAUAGUACUACAGAAUUUUGUAGUGAUCGAAGUAUUAUAUCUCAAAAUAAUUUAGAAACAUUCAUACAAUCUGCAACAGUUUUUUUAUUAAUUUUUACAUUAUUAAGUUCAAUCUUUCAAAUUUUUAUUAUUAAUGUUGCUUGGAAUUUAAUUAAAAAAGGGAGUGGAGAUAAAUGUCUUCAUAUAUUUCUUUUAAGUAUGACUAUUGCCGAUUUUCUCCUUACUGGUAUCGCUUAUCCUAUCGAACUUGGGAUACGUGUUUUGGAAAUUGAAAAUGUCAAUAAACAUAUUAUGAUAGUUAUGCAUGGUCUUUGCUGGGUUGGUAUGAUAAUUUCAAGUAUUUCAUUAGUAUUUAUGAAUCUCGAAAAGUUAGUCUUUUUUAAACUUCCUUUAAGUUAUUCAUUAUAUUUUACACAACAACGAGUAGUUGUAACUACUAUUUUAUCAUGGAUUGGAAGUAUUCUGUUUGUUGUGUUUGCAUGGCUUACAGGGUUAUUUAGUUGUGUUAAUGAUUCAUGUACUACAUUAGGAAUGUUUAGUACAAAAAUUCAUGUUUAUAUAGCAUUUAUAAUUAUUGUUAGUAUUAUUCCUACAACAACCAGUUUGUUAGUUGGAAUUUAUAUUAUGAAACUUAUUAAGAAUCAUACUAAACAAAUUGCUGAAGAAGCAACAUUAUUUAAUACAGUUAAUAAUGAAGGUUCAAAUCGUUCAAAUUCAAUAAAUAAUUCAAAAUGUGAACAAAAAAGCAGUAAUCUUGUUGCAAUACGUUUAAAAACUUUUUAUUAUGUAUUUAUCACAAGUAUUUUUACUGCAUUAACAUUAUUACCAUACCGUUUAAUAAAUAUUGAAAGAGCAAUAAAUCCUUCCGCUCAUAGAACUUGCUUAACAAUACUAAUAUACUGGAUACUUGUUUAUAUGGUAUAUUGUAACUCUAUUUUUAAUCCAUUAAUUACAUUAACUGUAUUACCACAAUAUCGCAGAAAAUUCUUAAGAUUUCUUUGUUUUUGUCAUUACAAAAGUAGAAGUGGAGAAAAAUUUCAAAUUAGAAGUAGUAUUGGAGAUAUUUAA